AUGAAUUGUGCACAAGAAUUUCAAAGAACAAAUUAUUCUGGUCAGAUGUUAACUUAUGCCAUGGAUGAUGAUUCAGGUUCUUGGUGGUGGUGGAUUAACAUCAUUGGUACAUUAUGUUUUGGUGUGAUUGGUUUAAUUGGAAAUCUGAUAUGUUUUUUGGUUGUUUGUCGUUUUGCAUUACCUCAACAUUCAUUUGUUCAAUAUCUUCGUGCAUUGGCGAUAUUUGAUUUUGUCUCUUUAUUAUUUGAAUGUUUACAAUCAUUAAAUAAUUUACUUGUUUAUUUAUUUGCAAUAAAUAUUUUAAAUUUUCGAUCAACAGUUCUUUGUAAGAUUUAUGAAUAUUCAAGUCAUGUUACUGUUUUACUCGCAUGUUGGACCAUUGUCGGAUUAACAUUUGAUCGUUUAAUCUUAUUAUGUGAUCCUUGGGCAAAACAAUGGCCAAAUUUAUCACGAAAGAUUUGUAAUUUACAAUGUGCAAAACGAAUUAUUUAUGUUUUAAUUUGUCUUUCGCUUGUGAUUAAUAUUCCACAUUUGAUUUAUCAACAAUGGAUUUGUCGCAAAUCGGGUUAUCGUUAUAGUGCAGCAUUUAAAGGCAAAUUUUAUUCAAAUGAGACACAAAAUACAUCAGAUCAUUUUAAUUGUCAAUGUCGAAUUUCACCUUCUCACAAACAAUUCGCUGUUCUCUUAUAUGUUCAAUGGAAAAUCUAUAUUUUUCAUUUACUUUGUUAUACACUUUUACCAGGUGUGAUCUUAAUCGCAAGUAAUGCGGCUAUUUUACAAGUCAUUCACGCACCACGACAAAUUGUUGGACAAAAAAAUGAACAUUUAAAAUCGAAAUUAACUCGAACAUUAACAUCUGUGUCAUUAAUGUUUUUAGUUUUAUAUUUUCCUCAUGCUAUUGUUGAAACCUUAUCAUUAAUUUUAGUUCCAUAUUUUAAUCGUCGUUGUUCAAUUCAUUCAUUAAUAAUUAUUCGUGUAUUAAAACGUUUAAGUGAAUUAUUAAAUAUCGCAGCAUUGGGAAUUAAUUUUUUCUUAUACAUCUUAGGUGUUAAUCAUUAUCGUUCAGCAGCUAUUCAAAUGCUUGGUUUACAUCAUUUUCAUAUCUUUUUACCAUAUUUAACAGUUGAACAUCGAAAUUCACUUGGAUCAUUGGGUUUACAUAUGAGUCAACAUCAACGAAGAAAUACACAAACAGAUAGUUCAAGUAUACGUCUAUUAAAAAUCGUUAAUAAUGGAAGUCCAAAUAUAUCAGGAUAUCAAACACGUUCAUCAAGAUGA